GGGAGGAAAAGCCUGGGUCUGAGGCAUCAACGAGGAGGCAGUGGACUCACAACAAUCGAGCUACCAAGGCGGCCAGGGGUCUAAAGGCUGAUUGUGGAGUGGUGAGUCCCUUAACGCAGCCGUCGGCUCAGGGCAUCAGCAGCCACCUCCAGCCGUCCCUGUGGCCUCUGCGGAGACGUCUGAAGGCCGCCAGCCCAGCUCGGCCUCGCCCUUGAGGCGGUGUUUCAUCGACUCUUCCUGCGGCAGAGGCAUUGACGGCCGUGACUGUCUCGGUGACUGACCUUCGUUCAUUCAUUGAGGGGUGCGGCAGGCGGGGCGGCGGCCUGUCAGUCAGUCAGUCAGGACGGCGAUGCCGUGACCGAACGGUUCAUUGAUCAACUCAACUCAACGCACCUCUGUCUUUGCUUUGUGAGGAAGUUUGGCGGCCUGGUCGGGUCGUCUGACAUCCAUCCAUCUGUGUGUUAGUGGAUUAUGAUUCGCAACAUCCGUUCCCGGCCUGUCGACUACGGCAAGCCCAUCCCAAUCACACGCAAUGUGGGCGACCUCGCCAAACUCAAGGUAAGUAGGUGGGCAGCCGGAGGGAGGCAGGCAGGCAGUGUGUGCAUCGGUUGACUGAUUGCAUCCUCCUGCCCGUGUAUGUGUGUGUGUGUGUGUGUGUGUGUCAUGCAGGGUGAGGAUCGUCUGGACCCCAACGAGGCGUCGUCGCUGCAGACGGAGUUCUUCCACCACACCAAGGUGCACAACCCCCUCAAUCGCAAGACCAUCGUCGUGCCGACCACUGGUAUGCAGGCAGCUAUGGCAAGGAAGGAAGCAUGAAUCAAUCGCAUUCGACGGACGGAUGCCUUAUCGAUAUCGGUGUUCUGUUGCUUUGUGGGUGCAGUGGUGCACAGCUCGGCUCAAGCCACCGACGCCCUCAGCGCCUGGCAGCGCCCCACACACUUCAUCAGAUUCGCAAUACAACGAGACUAGUAAGCCUCAUUUGAAUCAAUCACUCAAUCUCUCACACCUUGGACCGACCGACACGCAAUAACCGUUUCCCCCCGGUACCGUCCUCUGUGUUCUCUUCAUUCAGUUGCAGCGGCAUCCGGUUCCCGUCUGACCGAGAUCGCGAGAAGGAGCGGCACAAGCGGCGCCGCGACAAGGACAACAGGCACGCCCCCAUAGCCGCAGCAGCCGCAGCAGCCGACCAACCCAACUCCUUCCACACGCAGCAGCAGCCGUAUGGCUUCGGUUCGCCGAGCGACCCCUGCCGUGUGGACGUCCUCUACGACAUGCUGAGGGAGGACGAAGAAUGGCUGCAGCACUACAACCACACCGAGGGAGAGGGAGAGGGAGGGGGGCAGGAGGAGCCCAGGUUGACUGAGGAGGACUUUGUGCGCAUCAUGGACCACCUUGAGAAGCGGCAGCGGAACCACCCACAGCUGCCUGUCGGUCAGUGACACACAAGGGAUGGGUGUGAGUGACAUCACUCAUCGAUGAGAUGAGAUGAUGAGCUGGGGUGCGCAUAGCUGCUGUUGUUUGUGUCCCUGUUUGUCUGUUUAUCUGGCUGUGCGACUGACUGCAGCGGGCAAUCAGGAGUUCCUGUUGCAGGUGCAGCGUGAGCUCAAUCGGCACAGGGACGAGAAAUCCGCCAUCAAGGCCAAACCACUCCACAACGUUUUCAUGGUCAGUCAAGUCAGCAACGAUCCGCAUACCAUACCACACCACAAGACACACCUGAGUGUCCUGGUGUGUGUGUGUGUCGGCAGUAUUGGCUGUCGCGCCGGCAGGCCAGGAAGGCCCCGCUGCUGCGAGUCUUCUGGCCACGGGCGGCGACAAACGAUCCAAACCCUCUCGGGGUCAGUCAGGCACUGCACUCACCAACCACCGACACACACCGAUAGAUACGAACAAGCGUCACCUGUCCUGUGCGCCCCUCUCUCCUGCUUCAGACAUUCCGUCCCCGCCCAGGCAGCUCACGGAUGAGCCUACGGCGACCUCGGCGAGGCGCAGGGGUGAGCAGAGGAACAGUACCUUUAUUCUUGUGUGUGUGUAUGUGUGUGUGUGUAUGAUGGCAGGACCAGGUGGUGGAGCGUUGCGCGACCCUGCAGGCGGACCUCGACAAGGCCGAUGCGCUCAUCAAACUCACCAAGCAGCGGGAGGAGAAGAAGAUGCUCGCGGCAGACCUCGCCCAGUGGGAGUUCGAGCAGGCCAGGCAGGAGCUCAUCGACCCCUCCUACACACACCCCGAGUGGACCAAGCGACGCGACCAGGUCAAGGCCAAGAUCGCCGUGCGGCUGCCGCGGGGGGUGGGGCGGAAGCGCCCGAGACACGAGGCCUUUCCGCGAGAUGGCCUGCACCUGGCCGUGCCGACCGCACCAGGCCCCGCUGACGCGUCUGCACAGGAGGUGACAUCGCUGGGUGUGUCACGGGGUGAAGUGGCUGCUGCAGCGGACGGGAGGGGGGCAGACCAUGGCGAUGGGCUGCCCGCCUUCACCAUGCGGUCACGAUUGCGAAGAGGUGAGUAGACAGACAAGCCCGCCAACCGCCCCGAUAUGACAUGACAUGCACACACUCGGCCUGCUUGCUCGUUCGUGCGUGAACACGCAGGUCGUGGUGGCCGUAUGUGGCUGGACCGCUUCCGCAUGACCCCGGUCGGCGAACCGCCGCCCACUGCUGCCGCCUCUGCUGAGGAUGCGGAGGCAUGGCCCGCUCCGAGUGGCGCCAUCGAUCUGUACGGCAAGCGCGCUAAGGACCGGUGGGUGCGGGAGCCCUUCUGCGACAUCGAGACGGACGUGUCGAUCUUCGAGCCGCCCAUGGCCACACCGGCAGAGUUUGACGGCUACCCUAGCGCAAGUGAGGGAGAAGACACACGAUGGUUGGUUGUUGUCUGGGAGGAAGUGCCUCGACUGAUUGAUUCCCUUCUCCCUGUGUGUCAGGCUGGCACAGUAUGGGUGCGCCUGUGUCGUGCCACCAGCUGCGGCGGCGGGAGAAGCACAGCGGCCUCGGCCUGCGUCCCAGGCGCGAUCACGAGGCAGAAGAAGAGCGGGCUGCGCGUCUCAAGGCCGAGCUCGGUGCGUCCUAUUCUUUCUUCAACAAGGUCGGUCCAAUGGAGUGAGGAGAAGCAUGUCAGUCAUCUUGCUCUGCGUGUCUUAUCUAUCGUCUGUGAUUGGUUGGUUGGGUGUGCAGGCUGUUGCCGACGUGGUCAUGGACGCCGCAGCAGCGAGCAGCGACUGCUCGCCGCCGGGAUGCCACAGCCACAACCCUCUGGGCCACGUCACGUCCGACAGCAGCACGUCCACUAAGCCAUCCCUCUCAUACCCACCGACACACCCCAGCGCACACACCAACACCGACAGCAACAACAGCAACGGUCUGUACGUCAACGGCCACAACAAAAGUCACAGCAACAACCACACCAACACCAAUGGCUACAUGCCCAUGCCGUCGAUGCAGCCAUCCCGGUCGCCCUCGUCAUCGCCCCGAUCGGUGGACAGCCCCCACCACAAGCACCACCACCACCAUCACCACCAUGGACCCCAUGCGGCCAUGUACGACCCCCUGCUGGUCAACGGCCACGGUGGCGGUGUGGGGUGCGGCGGGCAGGUCAUGCACAUCAACAGGGCGUAUGGCAAUGGCAGGUGAGGUGCGACGGAAGGGAGGGACGGAGGGAGGGAGGGAUGGACACACACAGAGAGAGAGAGAGAGAUGCACAUGACGUGUGGCUGUGUCGUGUGUGUGUUCGUUUUGUCAGGCCCAUGAAGUAGCAUGACCUACCUACCCCCACACACACAACCGCCGCCUGACUGACGAGAAGGUCGGAGGGAUCGACCGAUGGCAAUCGUAUAGGCAAUUGGCCGUGCGUCCUUGUAGACGUGUCUUGAUGAUAAUGAUGAUGAUGAUUAUUGCAUAAUUAACGCCCACAAAACACCAGGCAGGAAGGCAGACAGACAGGCAGACAGGUGGAUCGGGUCAACGAAUGCAUCAUAUCGAUCGGUCAACGUGUGUGUGAGCAAUUUUUGGCCACAGCCGGCCGGCUGGCUAAUGUCUCCCCCUUCGUGACGUCUCGCUACCUAUACCUCUAAAGGGCAGCAAAUGGAUGUGGGAGGGGAGGGGAGGGAGAGGAGGGGCUUGUAGAGAUACGUGUGUGUGUGUGUGUGUGAUGACGCGUGGAUGGAUGGAUGGACGUUCGAUGUUGGUCCGUUGGUUCCCUCCUUGGUUCCUUUGUCUGAGACGGGGAUGC